AUGAAUAUCAAAUAUAACGACUUGGAGAAAUACAUCUUAGUGACGGAGAAGAAGACCGAAACAUCAGUGUACCUGUUCUUAAAGCACAGGGUCAAGGUUAGCAGAGCACCUGUUGCGUCGUUGGAGUGGGUGGGCGAGAAGACGGUUUGGACCCGCAGGACAAGCUUCUUGGGUUGUCCUGCUGACAUCAUCGGUAACUCCUCCUGCUUGAAGCUCGUUAUCUCCAAUGAAUCCCACUGGAACGACAUCACACAUCAGAUUCUCAGUCGGCUGUGUGGGAGGUGCGGCUUCAAAGCUCACUACCUGUUCACAAAGGAAGAGACGGUAAAAUCAGCGCCCCCUACCGAGCCUAGGUUGCAUGGAUUUGCCAGUGUGUACGCGAUGCAUGCUCUCUUAUCCAGAGGUUUCUCGGCACGAGAUCAGAUGGAGUCAGAGCUAUGUCUCAAGCUGGAGAAGCUGGAAAAUGAAGAGGGGGAAGAUGUCGUUACCGAUGUACUUUACAGAAUCGUCCACAUCAUGGACCAGAACAGGUUUGUGGAUAUAUCGAGGGAAUUUGACGCACUGCUGUCCGCCAGUGACAUACAGCUGGGUCGUCAGGAGAUGUCCCUCCCGGCCACCCUCCGUUACGUGCGUCGCGUCAUCGUCACACCUACCACGCUCCUCUUCCUGCAACCUGAAAUCAUGUUUGAAAACAGGAUGCUGCGUGACUAUGGUGAGGAGUUCUUCCUCAGGGUUUCCUUCCUUGACGAAGGGUUCCAGAAGCUUCAGGGUGGAAUAGCGACGGGAUUGGAGGAAGAGGAUAUAUUUGCACGUGUGAGGAACGUGCUUCAAACUGGGGUCAGGGUCGGAGAGAGGUAUUACAGGUUUCUUGCGGCAUCCAACAGUCAACUCCGCCAACACGGAGUUUGGUUUUUCUCGGAUGACGGAAAGAACACAGCGGAAUCUAUCAGGGCUGAAAUGGGGGACUUCUCUGGCUGUAGAUGUCCAGCAACUUAUCUCGCCAGGAUGGGUCAGUGUUUCUCCACGACAGAGCCGACAGUCGCAAAUGUCGGGAACAACGCCGUCGAGAUCUCCGACAUCACGGGUGGUUACGACCCAGUCAACCGUAAACCGUACUGCUUUUCGGAUGGGAUCGGGAAAAUUUCCAAAGACCUGGCCAGAAAGGUCAGCAGCAAAACAGGUGACAGCCAGAAGGUUCCAUCAGCCUAUCAGAUUCGCUAUGCAGGUGUGAAAGGGAUGCUGGCUGUCGAUCCUACCCUACAGGGGGAGAUCAUGCAGUAUCGUAGUAGCAUGAACAAAUUCUGGUCACUACACGACGUCAUUGAGAUCUGUACAACCAGUCACCCAGGCCGGCUGUUUCUGAACAGGCAAGUCAUCACGAUUCUCUCUCAGCUUGGUGUUCCUGACAUAGUUUUCCAACAACUCCAGCAGGAAAGGCUGUUCGAACUUGCUGAUAUGUUUCUGCUGGAAACGAGCGCGGCUGAAGCCUUGUGUCAGCGGGCACAGAUGAAGGGACUGCCGUACAGGCGGCUGCUGAAGAUGGGAGUCCAGCUCACCACAGAGCCGUUCUUCCGCAGUAUGCUGCAGAAAAUUUACAAGAGUUCAGUAGGAGAAAUAAGAAGGAGAGCCCGGAUAGGGAUCCCACCAGAAUAUGGCCGCAUCAUGUUAGGUGUUCUGGACGAGACGGGCACGUUGGAAUAUGGGCAGGUCUUUGUCCAGUACACCGAGGACAUUGCGAACCAGGACGGCAAAGUCCGCGUGUUGGAAGGUGAUGUGGUGGUGACACGGACCCCGUGCUUACACCCAGGCGAUGUUCGUAAGUUACAGGCUAUUGACGUCCCCGCACUAUAUCAUAUGGUGGACGUCAUCGUCUUUCCCGCCAAAGGACCGCGGCCGCAUCCAAACGAGAUGACGGGAGGGGAUCUAGACGGAGAUGACUUCUUCGUUACCUGGUUACCUGAUCUGAUAUUCAACGGGCCGAAUGAGCAGCCUAUGCAUUUCAGGUCGCCUACCAAGAGAGAGGUUCCUAACGUCACAAUCAAACACCUCAUCGAUUUCAUCGUGGAUUAUAUAAAGAAUGACAGAUUGGGCCUCAUUGCAAACGCACACCUGGUUUUCGCAGACACAGAACCGAUGGGAAUCUUUUCUGAUGUGUGUCAACGGUUGGCGGUAAAACACUCCGACGCUGUGGAUUUUCCAAAGACAGGCGUGUGUCCAGACUUAGACAAGACAGAGCGGCCACUUGAAUAUCCUGACUUCAUGGGAAAAAGAGACAAGACCACAAGGCGGUCAGAGAGAGUUCUGGGUAAGAUGUAUAGGGAGUGUCAGAUGAUCGAAAAUGUCUGUACACAAGUAGAGCGGAAGGGAACUGUUGAACAGGUACAUCCUGAUUACGGCUUGGUUAUAGGCGAGCACGUUAGUUAUGUUAAAAAGGCCAGGCGGAGUAGAGACAGAUACAAUGACCAAUUGCGGUCAUUGAUGGCACAGUACGGGAUUGAGACCGAAUCAGAGGCAGUCUCCGGCUGUAUCGUCAAGCUGCACAAGCACAUGGACGACAGAUACGAACGGUACGAGAUCGAGAGGGUUGCAAAAGUCCGUAUCGAGGAUCUGCGGAAAAGGACGCGUCAAGAUUUCUUUGAAGAGUUUGGAGGAGAAGAGUCUGUCGAAUUGGAUCACCCCCAUGUUUUGAAGAAAGCCUCCGCGUGGUACACUGUUACCUACUCCGACCCAGACGCAAAACUACUCAGCUUUCCGUGGGUUAUUGGUGACAUACUAGGCAUCUUAAACUUAAAGACAGCAACGACUGCUAGAACUGCCUUUUCGGAGUGUCCAGUGAUCGACAAUAUCACACACCAACUGGCAAACGACUACUAUUCCACGACCGAAUUCACCAUCGCGACCUUACGGGCUCCGAACAAAUUCUUUGUGGACAAGCAAGGGACACUUCUGCCGGUAGUCCAGAUGUAUGUAGGCCGUUACGCUAACGUCCUCCCUUUGGUUGCUUUCUUGCGUAAGUGGAUGCACGAGCACCUGCUGACACAUGUACACAGCGCAGACUUAGUCUUCAACAUGCUGUCAUAUGCAGUCAAAGCCGGUUUCAUGGUCGACUUAAGAGAAGCUCCCACUGGAGCGACGAAAGAGUGGCUAAGUCUUACCAGCGAAACUGUCUCGGUGAAAACCAUCGUAGAAUAUUCGUUUGAAAACGGCUGUAGCUUGGGUGAACUCUUGGUCGAAUUCUUCCAGUACAUCAGUUCCCACGAGUUUAAGGAGUCGACUGCCAGUGUGAUGCUGGGAGGUGCGCACGUGGUCUUGGGGGAGGCUAGCAGACGGAACAUCCAGCGAAAGGCACUGUGGACGUACCACAUGCUGUCUCAAACAGGGGACAUCAUAGAGGUUGUGCACGCCGAGACCGUACACGCCAAGGACGAAUUUGUGGCACAGAUACCUCCGCACGUGUGGAGAAAUGGCGUCAAGGACAGGCUGACUAAGGUUCAGGAGUCAAUUGAGCUGGAGACCGGCGCAGAGGUACAGGUCCGACGCCUGACGGGUGUGAGGGGGCCAGCACGGGGACAACUGUACGCCUAUGGAACAAUGGACUCAAUCAGACGUGUACAGUCAUACAUGGAGCGUCUGCACGAUCUACACACAGCGUAG